CGGGGAACGCGAAUGCCCAGAUCCGAGAUGUGGGCGACUGUGCCGCGCAUGCUGCUCCUGCUGCUGGCAGCCGCCCUGGCCCCGACCCAGACAUGCACGGGCUCGCACUCCAUGCGGUAUUUCAUCACCAUCGCGUCCCGGCCCGGCCUCGGGGAUCCCAGGUUCAUUGUGGUCGGCUACGUGGACGACACGGAGUUCGUGCGCUUCGACAGCGACGCAGAGAAUCCGAGGAUGGAGCCGCGGGCGCCGUGGAUGGAGCGGGAGGGGCCGGAUUAUUGGGAGAGGGAGACUCGGAUCAUAAAACACACUGAGCAGAUUUACCGAGGGAACCUGAGGGCGGUGCUUGGCUUCUACAACCAGAGCAAGGGCGGCUCUCACACCAUCCAGAAUAUGUAUGGCUGUCAAACGGGGCCAGAUGGGCGCCUCGUCCGCGGGUACAGUCAGUUCGCCUACGAAGGCGACGAUUACAUCUCCCUGAAUGACGACCUGAGGACGUGGACGGCGGCGGACACAGCAGCGCAGAUCACCAAGCACAAGUGGGAGCAGGCUGGUUUUGCAGAGCAAUGGAGGAAUUACCUGGAGGGCGCAUGCAUGCAGUGGCUCCGCAGAUACCUGGAGAAUGGGAAGGAGCAGCUGCUGUGCACAG